ACGCGUACCAUCCAACAUGAAACAACCUAUAAAUCUAGUGCUAAUCGUAAUUAUAGCAUAUUUUUGCUCUUUGGCCUAUAGUGCUGAUGACAAAUUACUCUUUAAAUCGGAAGAAAAAAAUGAAUAUUAUAUACAACCGGCACAAAAAUUUACUUGGGCCCAAGCUUUAAACGAAUGUGACAGUCGUACAAUGGAUUUAUUAACCAUAGAGGAUGCCAAAAAAGCAGAGGAGAUUGAGAAAUUAUUAAAGAAAGUAUUUUCCAAAAAAACCAUACCUCGUUUCUAUUUGGGAGCCCAUGAUCAAGAAGAGUUUCGUAAGUUUAAUUGGAUUACCAAAGAGGCCAUAAAACCCUUUAGCUAUACAAAUUGGGAAUCGAGCGAACCGAAUAAUUAUAAAAAUCUAAAUGAACGUUGUGUUCAUUUGGGUUUCCAUGGCUCAUUGCAAUGGAAUGAUAUAAAUUGUGAACGUAAAUAUGGUUUCAUAUGCCAGGAGAGAACGGAUUUUGCAAGCUUAUUAGAAGUUAUAGAAAGGGCUUAAAUAUUUAAUAACUACUAAAAUAAACUAAUAGCAAUUUGAUGUUCAAAAAUCUUAGAAGUUUUUUAAGGAUAUUUUAAAUUUUUAAAA